UCUCAAAGGAAACGUUUCCGUUUCCGGUUCACUCGCUUAACUUCAACACAACAAUGGCGACGGAUGGAACAGGCAAGCUGGAGUUCUCUCUGGAAGUUCCCUUUCCAUCAUCCCAUGAGGCUACCAUUGCUUUGCGGUCCCUGUCUCCGGACCGAGAGCCCCGGAAAGGUGGCAUAAGCAAAGUGAUUACAGUGUCUGGGAGCACACUCUCCGUGAGGUGGAGUGCUGAUGAAGCCCGAAUCCUUCGGGUGUCGGUGAACUCGUUUCUGGAUCAUCUGUCACUUGUCAUGGAGACCAUGGACAUGUUUGGUCCACCUGUUGCCAUGUGAUUCAUCACGAGUGAUUUGGGACUCUCUUUUUUGAUCCUUUCACUGGCCUAUGGCGUUUUUGAUCCUCGGACCUAACUCAGGUGCUACAAACUGGAACUGUGAAGGUUGAUUAAAUAAGCUUAAACAACCGUCACCCCAGAUAGCUCCACUUCAACCAGGUUUCACUGUGUACAGAGGGGGCAAGCUUUCAGUUAAAGAACCUCUACAGCUGUGCUUUGAAACAUAUUCACAUACAAGUUAUUGGAUGGGAUUUAGAGCAAAGGAAUUCUUUUCAAAAAUACAAAAUGUAUGAUUUUACAAAUAUUUAGAAAUUGUACCCAAUAGAAAUAAAAUGUAGCCUAUGGUAAAGUCUAGUCUUAGAGUGGAUUGUUGAUAUUCUUAUGUUGUAGUGUUACAUUAUAUCCACUGAAGAUAAGAGCACAACAUUGAUCAUGUUGUUAAAAUGUUGUCCUUGGUUCCUGAAACUCACGAGGACUAGUGCACUGCCCACUGGGAAGUGUAACAUCUGUUUUUGUAGCUACAAUUCUCAGAUGUUCCUGAACUGUUCCUCACAGGCAAUGAUAAAUUUACUGUUUUGAAAGUGGACAGCUAGAAGGAUACUCUCAUUGAACGUGUGUUCAUAUAAAGCUUUCUCAUCCAAACAGCAUGAGUGAGUGACAGGAAACCGAGACUAAAUUCAAUGAAUUAAAAAAAGCUGUGUCCAGUGAUCUGUCAGGUUUGAGCUCUAGAUCAUCAGAUUGAUAGAAUUUUGUAAAAAUUUGAACUUUUUGGCUCAUUUUUUCACAGCUGUUCAAAGGUCCCUUUGGGGUACAGAUUUGGUUUUACUGUUUUAAGUUAUUUUUAGGCGCUAUAAGUUGUGAUGGAUAUAUUUUAUACUAAAAGGCUUGGAA